ACUAUUACACAAUCUAAUUUGUUGUAGUUACAUGAACGCAUUGAUAACCGGCUACGAUAAUUUUGUACAAAUAUAUUUAUAUUAGCACAAAAUUAUCGUAAUAUAUAUUAAUACUCAGAUGAGCGGUUAGAUUUUAACCGUUAAGAUGCUUUCAUAUUCUAAAUUUUUAGUAGUGGUUUUAGCAGUAAUUCUAUGGGGAGAGUCUACGGAAUGUUCCAGGAUCUUGUGUGUUUUUCAAUUUCCAUUGACUAGUCAUCAAGCCCCAUUUCAAGAAAUUGUCACAGGAUUGUCUUUAAGAGGUCAUAAAGUGGUAUCUGUUACGGCUAAACCCAUAAGAGACCCAAAAUUAACCAACUUACAAGAAAUCGACGUAAGGGAAAAAGCUAUCGCGGCGGUAUCCAAAUACGGCUUACCAGCCAAGAUGUCUAUAGACAUCCCGAUCCACCAUAAAAUCCCGAUGUUAUUCGCUGUCCAAAACGAUUUGGCCGAGGUGAUCUUUGACAAUGAGGAAUUCAAGAAUAUCUACAACGAUCCCAAUCAGAAAUUCGAUCUGGUCAUCACACAAAUUUAUGCGAGUCCAAUUUUUUUCGCUUUGGGUAAUAAACUGAAUGCACCAGUGAUCGGAGUCAAUUCGAUGGGUGGAUGGCAAGGUACCCAUAUUGCUAUUGGAAACCCUAAUCCGCCGGCGUUGUAUAGUGAUAUGUGGCUACAUUAUAAUGGGGAUGAUUUAACAUUUUACGAACGAAUUAGGAGCACUUUAUAUUUCUUAUGGUCGCGACUCUACGUUCACUUCAUUGCAUUGCCAGAAUGCGACAAAAUAGUCAAGAAGUACUUGGGAAAUGACCUUCCAUACAUAGCAGAUAUAGAGAAGAACCUUAGCGCAUUAUUUUUGAACAUAAACCCAAUCAUUUAUGCGGUCAGACCUAUGGUACCUACAAUAGUAUCUAUGGUGUUUAUUCAUGUUAAACCUCCAAAACCUUUACCAGAGAAUAUAAGACAAGAGAUUGAAUCAGCUUCAAACGGGGUGAUUUUUUUGAGUUUAGGGGACACAAUAAAAACUGUCAAUGUCCAAACCGUUAAUAACAACAUAUUUGGGCUUUUAUUAGAGGUUUUAGGUGAACUCCCUUAUAAAGUACUAAUGAAGUAUGAAAACGAUGUACUGCCAGGAAAGCCUGAUAAUGUUGUUAUAAGAAAGUGGUUACCGCAGCAAGACAUUUUAGCCCAUCCAAACGUCAAGUUGUUUAUUACGCAAGGAGGCCUCCAAUCCGUGGAAGAAGCCAUAGACAGAGAAAUGCCCAUGUUCGGACUGCCCCUAAUAUCAGACCAAGAAAUGGAUUGUAAACAGUUGGCCAAAUGGGGCGCAAUGGUGAAAGUCGAUUUCAGAAACACUACCAAAGAGGAGAUUAAACGGGGCAUUUUGGAAGUAAUUAGCAACCCCGUUUAUAAACAGAACGUGCAGAAAAUAAAGAAGAUCUUACGGGAUGAGCCGUGGACCAGUUUGCAAAAAGUGAUUUGGUGGUCGGAGUACGUGAUUCGCCAUAAAGGGACGAGACAUUUGAGAAGCCCUACGAUUGAUAUUGAGUGGCCCAAGUAUUUGUUGCUAGAUGUUUUAACCGUGUUAAUCGGUGGGCCACUUUUGUUUCUAUUUGUUUUAGUUCGAGUGGUUAAAAGGGUGCUGAGUAGUAAGAAAAAGGUCGAUAAGGGAAAGAAAAGAUUAUAAAAAACUUGUUAUAUUUUAAGGUGCUAAUAAUUUUGACACCCUAUUUUGCACUCAAUCUUUAAAGCGUAUAAAAAAAAAAUAAAUAUUCAGUAGUUGUUCAUAGUAUAGUACUAAGAUUAAUAUUUUUUAAUGUGAGUAAAUAAAUUAGGUAAACGAAAAUUAAAUUUGACUAUUUUAAACUAUUAAUAAACCGUGAAAUUAUAUAAAAAAAGUAUUUAAAGUAUUGUCGAAUUAUGAAGGAGUUUUGAAGGAGGUAUUAUAUAGCAAGAUAAUUUUUGUGUAUAUUUUUAAUUUAAUAUAAUUUUACUUUAAUUACCUUGAUAACGGUAGUAGAUAUAACUACCGAAAAGUUGCUUCAAAUUAGGUAUUUUUUUAAAAGUUUUCUUCUCGUUGUUUUUAUCGUUUUUUAAUUUUAAUAUUCAUAACAAAGUUAGGUAGGAUAUUGAAAAGAGGAAACGAACUCAGAGAUUAAUAGAUUAAACCUCAGCUCCUAGGUAUAUAAAAAAUCUAUUAUACCUCAAGUAAAAUAUUGUAUUUAAAACUUAUUGAAAUGAAAUUAAAUUAAGUAUAUCGAACGAUAUCAUUACAGAUUUGAGUUUAUAUUUGAGGCGUCUCACUGCAAAAGGGGCUAUAUCCACUUCCGCUAAUUUCUCAGGAGAUGCAAAAAACUGUAGCAAGUAAAGUAUGAUGCAUGAUUUGUAGCAACAUUUAAUGAAAUAAAUUUGUUAAACUAAUUAAA